CUAAGCUUAUUUUCGAUGAAAACAAUCCUUGCCCUAUCGAACACGGCUUGGAAAUAAAUGUUUUACAAAUGAAGAUUAAGAAUUGACAAAUAAACAUUUCGGCUGAAAUGUGAAAUAGAAUAAAUUAUUAAUUAAAAGUGAUUAUAAGCAUUAAUAAAUACAGUAGGCGAAGUCACAUGCUUUUAUUUUGAAGGAAUUUUUCCCAACCGGAAUUAAUUUCUUUAACUUCCUGGUCUACAGCCCAUGGUCAGGUCUACACACAUGUAUGAGCUGCUAGCACCACUUUGUUGGUAUUUUUUCACCAACUCGCCAGGAUGCAGAUUUGCAGUGUGUGCAGCGAACAUACGCCGAAAUACAGAUGUCCAGCCUGCAAAAUAAGAUAUUGUUCACUUGGCUGCUACAAGAAGCAUAAAGAUUCUUGCCUUCCUGUUGUUUCUGAAGUUUCUGAAGCUACUGAUUCAUUCCACACAGAGAGGACUGAGGAGGAUCUUCUGCAUGGAGAGGACAUCAUCGAUAAAGUGCCUCUGGAGAAGCUUCAGCUGUUAGGUCAGUCCAAAGAGAUUAAAGAUCUUCUUUGCAACCCCCACCUGAGACAGCUGCUGCGCUCCAUCGACAGUGCAGACGGCAAAGGCGACGCAAUGAAGGCGGCCAUGCAGGAGCCCCUGUUUGUCGAAUUUUCAGAUCAGUGUAUGAAGCUAACAGCCAAUGAAGGUGGCGAUUUAUGAAAUCCCUCCAUUAGUUUGUCUCUCAGAUCAUUAGUGAUUAUAUUUUUGUAUAAAGUCUUGGAAUAAGCAUGUGAAGCAACAGUAUUUUUGUUUGUGUAUAUAGUGUUUAAAUAAAUGCUAAGAUGUUUUAAAACUA